GACUUGUUGAACGUAUCGACACCUGAGCUUCACCACCACGCCGUAGUGGUCAUCAUCACACUCCGUCCAAGGCAAUGCCACCACGACUGCCGCUGCGGCUGGCGCAGGCGAACUCUUCCUCCCUUGACCGCCUUGCCCCAACCUCGACAACUACAUCCAUUGCAUCCUUCCUUCUCCCAUUCCUUCACAUCCAAUCCCGAAAUGCCUCGAUCCUAAGCUCUCUCUCAGACCGCCCAGGCGCCUACAACCGCCGCAUCAGACGAGGACGAGGCCCAGCGUCUGGCAAUGGAGGCAAAUCAGGUCGUGGUUCGGAUGGUCAGAAACAGCAUGGCAAAGUCCCCGCAGGAUUCAAUGGAGGUCAAACCCCCGAACACAUUGUACACGGGAAAUAUGGCUUUGUGAACCUGCACGCGACCGAAAUGGCCCCUGUAAAUUUGGACAAGAUACAAAACUGGAUUGACCAGGGACGACUCAACCCCAGCGAGCCGAUAACGCUGGUCGAACUAUGCCGCUCUGGCCUAGUAGGCCGUCCCAAAGACGGCAUCAAGCUCCUAGCGAACGGCGCCGCCCAAUUGAAAACGCCAAUCCACGUGGUCGUGUCGAGAGCAUCACAAGCGGCGAUCGCGGCGGUUGAGGCCAUCGGCGGUAGCGUCACAACACGUUUCUACACACAACAGGCCAUCCGGCGAAUACGAGCCCGCGAGAUGCAUCCCUUCAUAUCGCUACGCUGGGAUCCCGCCGCAAUCGAGAAGCCGGCUCUCGCCAAGGCUGGAGGAAUGUCGCUCGAAGAACGCGUUGCGGGCAUGGGAUUCAAGUACAGACUUCCAGACCCGGCGUCCAGAAGCGAUAUCGAGUACUACCGCGACGCGAAGAAUCGGGGGUACUUGAGUCAUACGGUCAAGGAGGGCGAAGGUCCCAGCUUGUAUUUCAAGCCACCGAUCACUGAAGAGGAGUUGAAAGCAUUGAAGAAAGAGCGCGCGAGAAGUGGCGUCGCCAAGGCUAAGGAGGACAACAAGCUGUGGUGAGAGGGAGAGCAUACAAACAACCUGGGCAAGGUAUCCCUGUUCGUUGCUGCCUAAAGGAGAGCGGCAGCUGUGAGGAGGAAUGACUGCCUAAGUGCUAGACUUUCCUACGCAAUAAGUUCCAGCCGGUGCUCCUGGAGGUCAAGGGUUCAAUCCAGUUGUCAGAUACGAAGAAAGCCGAGUCCAAAUCGAGAUCACAAACGACGUGCGCUCUGCAAGUCCUGCGCGGGAAACUUCCGCCAGACAAGAGGAACCAUACUUCGAGGUCCCGAGAUUCUUUUCAUCGUUUUUUCCCAAUCAGGAAUCUCGAGCAGCGCAUUAGUAUCGAUCAUAACUGUACUUGACUUAUCUUCAGUAUAUCAAUGAAUGUACAACAUACAAUAUACAAUAUAUCUGAACAAACGCCCCCUAGGAUGCCGGUCGUGGGUAGAAAA